UUGCAGCCCGAAUUAUUGCUCAGAAAUUUCAAGGUGGAAAUCUAAAGCGAAAAAUUUCCGAUUUUGCAGAGAUCUGCGGAUUCAGCGAUGUCGUCGAUCGGCCAGAACGCGAAUCCAGUGAACUGGAUGUACCGCAUGGUUUCGGAACCGCACUAUUUGCUGCAUUGCUUGGCUUUCUUCUCCUACAUUCCUGUUCGCUGCUCCGCCGCGCAAGUCCUCUCCUCUCGCAGCUCAGCUCAUCUUCUUCACCGAGAGAUUCAAGCGUUGCUUUCCUUUUGUGUUUUAGCUGCUAUCAAGGUGGUGAGAACGGAAUCUUGGGAGGCAUUUGUAUCAGAUGCUUUAUUUUAUGCAAAGAUUUUCCUUGCUGCUAUUGCUUUGGUCCUGGACUAUCACUUGGCUUUAUGGUAUGCUCUAGCGUUUUUAGUUAUAUAUAUCAUUGCCCAACAACCUGCAUAUGAAGGAUUUGGUGCAUCAAGUCCUUUGACACCACUCCAGUUGGAAACCUUGCUUACUGAAGUGAACACAUCAAAAUUUUGGAUGGUGGAAUUUCGUUCUCUGUCUACUUCCAGUUGCAUCCGAGCAAGUUCCUUUAUUCCUGAACUCUCGGUUACAUUCUCAAAUAAAAAUUUAUCAUUUGUAACAAUCGAUCUUGGACUCUUUCCAAAUGCUGCUGAGAAGUUCGGAAUCAGCCUUGGAAGUCUACACCAACUUCCGACAUACAUAUUGUUCCAUGAUGGAGCUGGGAUCUUACGAUUACCUGAGACGGAUUAUGAAGCAAAACUUUUUGAUCCUCCUGUGUCCAAGAAACUUCUUUGCCGGCAUUUUGAGCUUGAUAAACUGCUCCUCGACUACAUAAAUGGUAAAUAGGAUAUCGUUCCAUCUGCUAAACUUUGGUUGAUCGAGAAAUGUUUAGUUGGUCAAAACUUGAACACCGUGGUCCGUGGCAAAAUCUCUUAUUUAGAGCUAUACAUAUUUACUGGAAACAUUGCUACUGGAGGUAACAUGUUGUAGUUCUGUUAUCUGGCAUACUUACUUUUGAUAAUCAAGAUUUCUAUUUUAGUAGGAAAUUUUGAAAUAUUUUUUUACUGCUUGCUUUUGAUUUCUGUUCAUAUCUGAAUAUCGCCUGUUUAUCUUUUAUUUAUCAUAAUCUUCUUUA